CCCAAAGCUCCAGGACCAAAAGAGCCGACGUCAAGUUGCGACCACUGUGUCGGAGUCGGACGGAGCUCAGAAAGUCGCCUCCCACAUCUCCACUCUCCCUCUUUGUCCCGACUGGAUGCAAGCUCGGCCUGGCCGACUCAAUUGAGUCUGCAGCAGCCAUCCAACUCGAAUCCUGCGGUUGUCCGAGUCUCUGCGCCAAAUUCGGCUUGCGCGAAAACUGGUGCAACCCGCUCUGCUGCGAAUCCCGAACACAGCGAUUUGCCGUAACCUCGACCCCUCUGUCCCUCAACCCCCGCCGUUCCUGCGAUCGAUCGCCGCCGUUCCCCUCACAAUGCUCGCCAGCUCAGCCGUCUCGAUGGCCUCGCGCCAGAUGCCGCUCGUGCGCGUGCCGUCGACGCUCCUCCGCACCCUUCCCUCGCAGGUGCUGGUCGCAAGGAGAGGUUACGCGACGCCGGCCGGUCCGCCGCCCAAGAACUUCCGACUCAAGCCGCCAGCGUCGUGGGACCAGGAGAAGGAGAGCACGUUCGACAAGGUCGGGAAGUACUUCCUCAUGACGGAGAUGCUGCGGGGCAUGUACGUCCUGCUGGAGCAGUUCUUCAGGCCGCCCUACACGAUUUACUACCCAUUUGAGAAGGGCCCGAUUUCUCCCCGCUUCCGCGGAGAGCACGCCCUGCGCCGGUACCCCUCGGGAGAAGAGAGAUGCAUCGCUUGCAAGCUGUGCGAGGCUAUCUGCCCCGCGCAGGCCAUUACGAUCGAGGCCGAGGAGCGUGCCGACGGCUCCAGGCGGACGACUCGCUACGAUAUUGACAUGACCAAGUGCAUCUACUGCGGCUUCUGCCAGGAGUCAUGUCCAGUCGAUGCCAUCGUCGAGUCCCCCAACGCCGAGUAUGCUACCGAGACCCGCGAGGAGCUGCUCUACAACAAGGAGAAACUCCUGGCCAAUGGCGACAAGUGGGAACCCGAGCUGGCCGCGGCCAUCCGCGCCGAUGCUCCCUACCGAUGAGGAAUUGCGGGUGCUGGAAGCAGAGAGAGGAAUGGGGGAUUUGUCGGGAAGGCCAGGGACUGUCAUGGACAUAUUUUGUAGAAGCACUGUAAAUACCUCUGUCUGCGAGACUAGAAAAGCAAUCCUCUUCUUUGUCGCAGCCGACUGAACUGCAAUUCUGAACCGAGUUAUUCCAGCCCCUGGAACUCAG